GAUUCAAAGGCUUCCCCCUGUUUUUUACCGUCUUUAAACCAACACCUCUACGUGUUAGCCGCACCAGCUAAGUUAGCCGCUGUCAAACUAAAAUCACUUCCUGCCGAUGAGACGUGUCGCGUGUGAACUGAAGUAAACAGGAGCAGUUAGUAAACACAGAGAUUGAAUCCAGCAGUCACAAUGGCAGACAGUGGGAAGACUAAUGAGAGUGGAGCUGCAGCAGCAGAGGCAGCUAAUGGAGACCAGCAGAAUGUUGUUUCCAGAGUGAGCAACUUGACACUGGUCAGUUCAGCUUACGAGGUGGUUUCCAGCGCCUACACAAGCACCAAAGACAGCUCGCCCAUGCUGAAGGGGGUGAUGGAUGCAGCAGAGAGUGGGGCCCGAACCCUGGGUGCAGCUGCCACCACCGGGUCCAAGCCUCUCCGGGACAUUAUAGAACCACAACUUGCCACAGUAAACGAGUAUGCCUUGAAAGGUCUGGAUAAGAUGGAGGAGAAGCUGCCUAUUCUUCACCAACCAGCAGACAAGGUGGUGUCGGACACAGUAGGUAUGGUGUACCAGUCGGUGGCAGGUGCCAAAGACACUGUGAUGGGGGCUAUGAUGGGUGGUUACGAGCUGACCUGGGCGGCAGUCAGCGGAGGUAUCACCAGCGUCAUGGGCACCAGGAUGGGCCAGAUGGUUAGCAGUGGGAUGGGCCUGGCACUCAGCCGAUCCGAAGACUGGGUCGACCACCACCUGCCAGUCACCGAGAAGGAGCUGGCUGCUAUCGCUGAACCUGCCACCAGUGAGGUAGAGGUGACGACCCCGUCCGACAAACCCGGCUACUUUGUCCGCUUGGGGAAACUUUCUGCCAUGGUCCAGGAGCGAGCCCUGCAGCAUUCCCUGGUCCGUGCACGGCAUGCCAGGGAUGCCACCUACGCCGCGGUGGCUCAGAUGACCAGUACUAUGGACCUGCUCGAGAGUGCCCGGACCAGCCUGGGUACGGCCAGUCACCAGAUAGGAGGAGCCUCCGAGCAGCUGCUGCAGCGCUGGACAGAGUGGAAGGAGAAGCAGGCUGGAGCUGGACAGACCGACUCCGAGAAGGAUGGGACCAAAGAUGAGUCUGAGCAGCUGGAAUGGCGGGCCCUCUCCAUGGUGCGUGGUCUAAGUGAGCAGCUGCGAUCAGCAUGCUCCAGUGUGGUUUCAAGUGCUCAGGGUUUGCCAGGUGCCGUCCAGGACCAGUUGACCAGCGCCCGACGAUCAGCUGAAGAACUGCACUCCUCCCUGGGGAGCGCCAGCACUCUCACACCUGUCCUCCUGGAGCAGAGCCGUCACCGCCUGACCCAAGUUCAACAUUCUCUGGAUGGCGUCAUGGAGUAUCUGCUGAACAACACACCACUCAACUGGCUGGUGGGGCCCUUUAACCCACUGAUCACUGAGAGGCCAGAGGAAAAGGUGGCGGUGGAGCCUGCUGGCCCAAACAACUAGAUUUCAAGACCUGGUCGUGUUUCUCCUUCACCUUAUAAUCAGUGUGGCGACAGAGGGCCGAGGUUUACUGUGGAUGGACCAUUUAAAGAAACAUUUCAUAUAUUUACUUUAACGAAAGAUGGCUUCUAUUUGUAUAAUAUUGUAGUCAUGAUUCAUUUAUUUUGAACUCGUACGUUUGUGAUUUAGAUGUUAGUUGAAUGACAACUAAAAGCACAGGCACGAGGCCUUAUUGUACGACGGUCUAUGAGGGCUCCUUUGAAGGAAAGAGAUUCUUGAGAUUACAUAAUAAUGUUGUUAGACAGUGAUGAUAUUAUUGGAAUAAAGUACUAAUUCAAUGAUUUAAAAAAGUGUUAAUACUAUGUGAAUAAAGUUGUAGAAAAACUAAUUUUUGCAAAAAUAAUGAAAAAGAAAAAUUAAUACAAAAUAAUCUAGGAGAAUCUGUGCUCAUUAAAGUCCUGAGGCAUAAGAUAAUGUGGCACUGAUGAGCAAAAUGAUGAAACAUAUAAUUAUUUGUGAAAUUUACACAAAAGUAUAAAAACAAGAUGCUCGACAUUUCUCAUUGUAACGCAGGCGACAAGCAGAUCUCGUGAUUCCCCCUCUGAAAUGAUGCAUAGCUUUAUUUUCAUAGGGUAUUCUUGAAAUAUAUUAACUUUACUGUUGAUGAUGUAAAAGAUGAACAGGUGUUUUACAUCUGUUGUUAAUCUGUACCUGUAUUGCUUUUUUGAAAGAUUUGCCUUAGUGCCUUCAAAGAAUAAAAAUCAUUCCUGGA